GCAGAUCCAUCGCUGUCAGUCGCAGAUAUCUGCAUUAUCGACUACUGUCGAAAAUUUCAUUCGCAACGAAUUGGUAAAUAGUGCAAAUCCAUUUUCGGCUAGAAAUUCCUGUGGAAAUAGCCCUAAUCGCAAUUGAUUCGAUCAGACACUGCAGGAUGCCCCAGUGAAAUAGAUUGCCGAUGGGAAAAUUCACGUUAUCAUAGACAGUUUGGAAUAUAACCUCAAAUUUCUAAUACGUACAGGUCAAAAUGGGAGACGAACCUGUUAUGGCCACAAAUGACGAUGCCAGUGAAUGCAAAAGAGGCGCUGUGCAGCUUGGCUACUGGCAAGAUAGUUAUAUUUCCUCGUUUGUUAGACACAUGGAGAAACGAGCACCUGAAAUCAACAGAGGUUACUAUGCCCGAGUGAAGGGAGUGGAACGGUUCAUACAGAAGUUUCUGAGCAAAGCGGGAAGCUUGGCCCAAAUAGUAAAUUUCGGGGCAGGCUACGACACCCUUUACUGGCGCUUGAAAGAAGAAGGUAUACACAUCUCCAACUACGUCGAAAUCGAUUUUCCAAAUGUCACCUCGAACAAAUGCUACAUGAUCAAAAGGAACAAGGAAUUGUUACAAAUCAUACACGAACAAGACGGAGAAAUCAAGUUCAGCUCGACUGACAUGCAUUCCGGUAACUACCAUUGCUUAGGAGUCGACAUUCGGAACUUGGGCUUACUGGAAACCAAACUACAACAGGCUGAAGUGAAUUUCUCGAGCCCCACCUUAUUUCUUGCCGAGUGCGUGUUAGUGUAUAUUGAGAACGACUGUGUGAAUCGUCUGUUACAGUGGAUCUCGUCUAGAUUCAAAUCGGGCCUGUUUGUGAACUAUGAAAUGUGCAACAUCAACGAUACCUUCGGUGACGUAAUGCUUGGUAAUUUGAGAGCAAGAGGCUGCAAUUUGGCUGGUAUUUCGUCUUGUAAGAAUCUGGCCACACAGAAGGCCAGAUUUCAAUCCAAUGGCUGGCAUGGCACCAAGGCAUGGGACAUGGUGCAGAUCUAUUACAAUCUAUCAGCUUCCGAGAGGCAGCGCAUCGAGAAAAUCGAAUUUCUGGAUGAGCAGGAGCUGCUUAUCCAACUGUUUCAACAUUACUGUAUAUGUAUAGGUUGGUUAGGUCAGGAAUUCUCUGAUAUUAACUUUGAAGAAUGUUAAUCGAUCUGAUUGAGUUAACUUAAAGAGGAAAGAAGUGAAGGACACUGAUGCAGGGUUCUUCGUUGUAAAUGUUACUUAUUUGACGAAAUUAACGGUUUACUAACCGUACAAUGUGAUUUUUUGUGAUCCCAAAUUCCUAGAUGUAAAAUAAAUUAUAGAUGUAUAAUAAUGUUGGAUUAAUAAAAUGAGUUUCAGUGCAAUGUUAAAAUCAGUUAUAAAUUCUCAAUUUUUUUAAUGGAACGAAGUUAUUUGAUUACAGCAGUUUAUUCACUUUGACUUAACAACAUAUCAGCAUGACGAAGACAUGCUACUUUAUCGUGAAAUUGAACACAUAUUUCUUUGUCUCAACCCUGUUAUCUUAUUAUAUCGAACUUAAUCUUGUUUCCUUUUAUAUUUAUUAUUUUGUUUUUCUUUGUAUAUCUUGAACGAAGUUGGUUCAAAUCUUGCUAGAUUUUUGUUUUUUGAUAGAUGAUGACCUCUUCUCUUCUUCUAUUUUUUGAGAAAACUGUGAUAUUUUUGAGGAGAAGUUCAUGCUGAAGAUUGGCGCUUGUAUAGUGGGAAAUAUAGCUUGGUAGCUUUUUUCAUUUUGGAUGUUUUAUUUGUUUGUGUGAUAAUCAUUAAUGUGGGAUUAAGUAUGCUGAAUAAAAUUAUUAAAUCUUAA